AUGUGCAGUCCGCUGGUUAUGACGUCACGCAAGUGGGCGCGGCUUUGUGACGCAUUGCGGUUACCUCCCCGCCCGGCGGCGCUCCUCCACACGGUGCGUGCGUGCGUGCGUUUGCCCCACACGUUUGUUUGCAUGCGCGUUCACGCGGACCCUGUUAGUGCUGGUGCUGGUCCUGGCUGUGGCUUGCGCACGCGCGUGGAUGCAGCCACGGCGUCGGUGCAGCAACUCCAAAGCAACCUGGACUUGUCCCAGUACUUUGUUGCUCCCACGGUGUCGGUGCACUCAGCACCAGGCUACGAUGUCGCACUCACGGACGCACAAUGGUCGCACUGUGUGGGCCCCCAAUCAUUGUUUUUGAAGCACAAUAAGGCCGUUAUCCACACAUACACAGAUGCUAAAUCCUGCCAGACCAUUGAAAAUUGGUGGAUUUGUUUAUUUUUUGGGUGUAUUUCCCUCAGGAUCCGUCCUCAACUUGCACGGGAGAAGAUUGAAGGAUGCCACAUCUGCACGUAUGUGAUGCCUGGCGAGCCUCAAGUCAUUCUGGGAAAGGACAAAUCCUUCACAUACGAUUACGUUUUCGACAUGGACUCGCAGCAGGACGCCAUCUACCAAACCUGCACCGAGAAGCUGAUUGAGGGCUGCUUUGAAGGAUACAAUGCCACCGUCUUUGCGUAUGGACAGACGGGCUCCGGUAAGACGUACACCAUGGGAACAGGCUUCGACGUCAAUAUUGCAGACGAUGAACUGGGCAUUAUACCCCGUGCCGUACACCACCUUUUUCGAGGCAUCGAGCGUCGCCGGCAGGCUGCUCAGGAGCAGGGACGGCCCACGCCAGAGUUUAAGAUCAACGCUCAGUUCCUGGAGCUUUAUAACGAGGAAGUUCUGGAUCUCUUUGACUCUGUGCGGGAUGGGAAACAGAAAUCUCACAUCAGGAUCCAUGAGGACGCCAACGGGGCGAUCUACACAGUUGGCGUGACCACACGUACUGUGUCCUCUGAGGCAGAGAUGAUGCAGUGCCUGAAGCUGGGUGCUCUGUCUCGCACCACUGCCAGCACGCAAAUGAACGUCCAGAGUUCUCGUUCACAUGCCAUCUUCACUAUCCACCUGUGCCAAGUCCGUGUCUGUGCCUCAUGCGACAAUCAAGAAGACUGCGACGACGGUGACAAUCGGGUCUCCAACGGUAAUGGAGACAUGGAUGAAUACGAAACGCUAAGUGCCAAAUUCCACUUUGUGGACCUAGCUGGCUCUGAGAGGCUCAAGAGGACAGGCGCCACUGGAGACCGAGCCAAGGAGGGCAUCUCCAUCAACUGUGGAUUGCUGGCUCUGGGAAACGUGAUUAGCGCUUUGGGUGACCGUAGUAAGCGGUCCUCGCACGUGCCUUACCGGGACUCCAAAUUGACUCGACUUCUGCAGGACUCAUUGGGAGGAAACAGCCAAACAGUAAUGAUUGCGUGCAUCAGCCCGUCUGACCGCGACUUCAUGGAGACUCUUAACACGCUCAAGUAUGCCAACCGCGCCCGGAACAUCAAGAAUAAGGUGGUGGUAAACCAGGACAAAGCCAGCCAGCAGAUCAGUGCGCUCAGGACUGAGAUAGCAAGGCUGCAAAUGGAACUCAUGGAGUACAAAACGGGCAAACGCUUGGCCGGCGAGGACGGCGUGGAGAGCUUUAGCGACAUGUUCCACGAGAAUGCCAUGUUGCAGACGGAAAACGGCAACCUGCGCGUACGGGUGAAGGCCAUGCAGGAGACGAUCGACGCCCAGCGGGCACGACUCACGCAGCUGCUUAGCGACCAGGCCAACCAGGCCCUCGCCAGAGCGGGUGAAGGGGGCACUGAGGAAAUUGGCAACAUGAUUCAAAGUUAUAUCAAAGAAAUUGAAGACCUCAGAGCCAAGCUUCUUGAGAGUGAGGCGGUCAACGAGAGCCUGCGAAAGAACCUCUCUCGCGUCACCAACCGCCAGGCCUUCUAUGGUGGGUCUGGCUCCUUCUCGUCCUCCUCCGCCCCAGAAAAGGAGACGUCUGACAUCAUCGAGAUAGCCAAGAAGGAUCUAGAGAAACUCAAGAAGCGAGAGAAAAAGAAAAAGAAAAGACUCCAGCAGCUUUUGGAGGAGCGAGACAGGAGGGAGGAGGAGGUUGUCGUCAGCGUGGGCAAGGAGGACAUUCCUGACAACGAGCAGGAAAAGAGCAGUGAUAAAGAAAACAACGGCGAGCGAGCCAGCGACGACGCCGACAUGGAGCAACAGGAUGGAAGUGAGCACGAUGAAGGAGAAGAUGAUGAGGAGGAGGAGGACGAUGAGGACAUGGAGGUUGAGGACAGCUCAGAUGAUUCUGACUCUGAGUCGGACGAGAAAGAGAACUUCCAGGCAGACCUGGCCAACAUCACAUGCGAGAUCGCCAUAAAACAGAAGCUGAUUGACGAGCUGGAGAACAGCCAGCGUCGCCUGCAUACGCUCAAGCAGCAGUAUGAGCAAAAGCUGCUGAUGCUGCAGUGCAAGAUCAGGGACACCCAGUUGGAGCGGGACCGGGUCCUCCAGAACAUGAACUCUGUGGAGAGUGGCUCUGAUGACAAAGCCCGAAAAAUCAAGACAGAAUACGAGAGGAAGCUAAGCGUGAUGAACAAGGAGUUGCAGAAGUUGCAGUCAGCACAGAAGGAGCACGCCCGCCUGCUUAAGAACCAGUCCCAGUAUGAGAAGCAGCUACGCAAACUCCAGAUGGAUGUGGCCGAAAUGAAGAAGACGAAGGUUCGCCUCAUGAAGCAGAUGAAGGAGCAGCAGGAGAAGAACCGCCUGAACGAAUCCCGCCGAAACAGAGAGAUUGCCUCUUUAAAGAAGGACCAGCGGAAACAAGAGCACCAACUGAAGCUGCUGGAGGCCCAGAAGAGGCAACAGGAACUUAUCCUUAGGAGGAAGACUGAGGAGGUGACGGCUCUGCGGAGGCAAGCUAGGCCCACCUCGGGGAAGGUCAUUCGGAAGAUCAACAUUCCAGACACAAAUCAGGACUCAUCCCAUCGUCCACCUUCUGGACGCAUGUACUCUGGACAUGGUGCUCUCAACAGCUCCAGGUCUUCCCCCAGGCGUGCCGGCGGCCUUUACUCCACUCGAAUGGCCCGCAACAAGUGGCAGUCUCUGGAGCGGCAUGUCUCUGAUGUCAUCAUGCAGAGGAUGACUCUCUCCAAUAUGGAGAAUGACAUGAACCGCCUCCUUAAGCAACGCGAGGAGCUGACCAAGCGCAAGGAGAAGGUGGUGAAAAAGAGAGAGCGACUGCCCAGGGAAGGGUCCGACGUUGAGAAGGCCGUAGUCCCUCUCAAUGAAGAAGUGGACGCAUUGUCUGCCAACAUUGAUUACAUCAACGACAGCAUUGCUGACUGUCAGGCCAACAUUAUGCAGAUGGAAGAAACUAAAGAGGAAGGUGACACUGUGGACGUCUCCUCCGUGAUUGGUUCAUGCACACUAGCAGAGGCUCGGUUCCUGCUGGAUCACUUCAUGUCCAUGGCUAUCAACAAAGGUCUGCAGGCAGCCCAGAAGGAGUCCCAGGUGAAGGUGAUGGAGGGUCGCCUGAAGCAGACAGAAAUCACUAGUGCCACACAGAACCAGCUGCUUUUCCACAUGCUCAAGGAGAAGGCUGAGUUCAACCCAGAGUUGGAUGCGCUGCUUGGCAACGCCUUGCAAGAGCUAGGUAACGUACCAGCUGAAAACGGCGACGACAGCAGCAGCGAUGAAUCAUCUGCUAGCCCAUCUGUGGAUGGAAGCACUGUAUCGGAUCUUAUGAAGUUUUGUGGCGAGACCAAGUCGAGGAAUAAGGCCCGCCGACGUACAACCACUCAGAUGGAGUUGCUGUACGCCAACAGUGAGGCCGCCCCCGACCCGGCCGAUUUCUCGGGCCCCGUGCUGCCACUCGCCGAGACGCCAGACUGUGGCAGCGACUUCCUGGCGCUCUCGCCUGGCUUCUCCUCCAAGAUUUCCAGUGUUUCGGGCCACAGAACGGCUGCAGAAAAGCGAGCUUCGCCAGCACCUUCGCCGCUCACUCGCAGGAAGACGUAUGACAAGGCCCAAGCGGCAGGCGACAGGGCAAAGCUCAAGGAGAUUAAACAGGGCGUCAUCAACCCAGUGAUGUCCACAAAAAGCCGCUCAGCAUCACUGCUGCAGUGCGUUCACGUGGCCGAGGGACACAGCAAGGCCGUCCUCUGUGUUGACUGCACCGAUGACCUGCUCUUUACGGGUUCCAAAGACCGGAGUUGUAAGGUGUGGAACCUGGUGACGGGCCAAGAGAUCAUGUCGCUGGCUGGACACCCCAAUAACGUGGUCUCAGUACGCUACAGCUCCAGCCUAGUCUUCACUGUCUCCACUUCUUACAUUAAAGUGUGGGACAUCCGCGACUCAGCCAAGUGCAUCCGGACUCUCUGCUCCUCCGGACAAGUUAACGUCGGUGACGUCUGUUCAUCCAACACCAGCAGAACGGUCACCAUCCCAGUAGGCGAGAACCUGAUCAACCAGAUCGCAUUGAACCCAACUGGGACAGUCCUGUACGCUGCGGCCGGAAACUCUGUCAGGAUGUGGGAUCUACGAAGAUUUGCUUCCACUGGGAAACUCACCGGUCACCAGGGUCCUGUUAUGUGUUUGACUGUAGACCAGUCAGAGAACAACCAAGAUCUGGUCAUAACCGGCUCCAAAGACCACUAUGUCAAGCUUUUUGAAGUGACCGAAGGCUCGCUGGGAAGCAUCAGCCCGACGCACAACUUUGAGCCCCCCCACUAUGACGGCAUUGAGUCUCUGGUAGUUCAGGGUGACUUUUUCUUUAGCGGCUCCCGGGAUAACGGCAUCAAGAAGUGGGACCUGGACCGCAAAGAUUUGCUGCAGCAAGUUCCGAAUGCCCACCGUGACUGGGUGUGCGCUCUGGGUGUGGUCCCCGGUUCUCCAGCCCUUUUGAGCGGCUGUCGUGGAGGAGUGCUUAAACUGUGGAACACGGACACUCUAACCAGCCUGGGUGAACUCAAGGGACACGACAGCCCCAUUAACAGCAUUGCCACCAAUGCCAGCCACUUGUUCACUGCCUCUGACGACCGGACGGUGAAGAUCUGGCGUGCUCGCAGCGGCGGAUUGGAAGGCACUUUCGACGCGCUUGACAAUGCCGCGGACGAGGUGGCUAGUAACUGA